AGCUUUUGUAUAUUUGGCUCGCCCGCAGGGCCUACGUUUCUGUGGAGCCGCCCCGUGACGCAACCAUGGAUAUUCCAGAUGUUCUUCCCACAUUAGUGAAGGGGAGGAAACUCGUGGAAGACUUCCACUGGGAUCAACGGGAAGCAGAUCUUCGACAAACGAUUAGCACGAUCGCGAGUAAGCUCGCAGAGCUGCACAGAGAAGACGCCCAUCUUCGACAGAAAAAAUUCAUUAACGAAGAGCGGCGGAAAAGGCGAUUGCUCGUAACAGACUCUUCUUUCCCGAGCUGUCUCAUAGAGAGGACAUCUGAAGCCGCCCCUGAACAAGGUGCUUCCCACGGGGUGAAACCCCUGUCCAGCAGUCGGUCAUACUGCCCGUCAACGCUGUCCCGCCGUUCUAUCGAAGGGCUCGAAUCGACAUCUGGGAGCAGUCGCUCUCUUGCAACCAACUACUGUGGAACGCGUGCCACUGUGGCAAGUAGGGGCUCACUUAGGUCCAGUCAAAGUCAGUGUCUGAAGAAGGAACGAAGCCGCGGAAAAAGAAUGCUUGUACCACUGCCGCACCGAACUGGUCGUUGCAUGUCCCGUCCGCCGGCGGUCUGGUCCGCACCACAGGGACGGCCCAGUGAGCUGCAACUUGUCAACGAGAUGAGUGGCGGUGUGAAGGAGUAUCCGAUGUAUGAUGACGCCGAAAUCGGAUUGGCAAACAUCGGAGAGGAAAUGGACAAAGAAAUGGCUGCUGUUCCAAAAAGCUGCCGUGACGAUGACGACGUGAUGACGACCUCCGAAAUACUAGAACUUGGAAACAAAACUGUUGAAUCAUACCUUGCGCGAACAGUCGCGUUGGCUGACAGUGCCCUGGAGCGCGACCAGGCUUCGAGGAUAGAACAGUUCCGGAGAAAGUUCUGUAUCCCGUGACAAGUCCUGGACGUACGUCAUGAGUGUUCUUGCUCACGGCCACUAGCUAAACUGAAAAAUGUGUUCGCAUGUGAUAUACGAAAAGAAAUCGUCCGUGUCGGGGGGAAAACUCGGGUUGUAGUUACUUCACCAUAUAUACAAUAAUGCCGCUAAAACACUAGAGAUGAUCACGGAUUUCUGCAUCGCUCAAAUGUGCAGUUGUCCUAGGAACAGCAAAAAUAAUUUCAUCUCUUCUACGUUGGCAUGAUGAGCUCCAUGCUCUUAUGAUCAUCUAUUAAGGCAGAAUGCAACCUAUUGA